AUGAUGGAGAGAUGCAGGUGCGACGGCGAGUGGCUCGGCUCUGAGAUCUCCCUGUCGUGGUACACGAUGAAGUUUAGAAAUCGGCAUGACGAGCUAGGCUACGUCAAGUAUUGUGCACCACGUUUGCGACGGAACGGCUUCCUUGGCAUAUGCUUCGAGAUUGUUGUCGUCGUUUGGCUGUUAGCGGGCGUCGCCCGUAUCGUCUUUCCUGGGACGUGCUGUUUACCACCUUCUCGCCUGGCGGCUGAUCCUAGGUGGCUCGUGUUGGUUAAGAUCGCCUGUCUCGCGGUGCUUCUCCUUCUGGGCCUCUGCUACCUUGUCGUGCAUUUGGUGCCGCGGUUCACGCACUUGAUGGGCAGCUUCGCUCGGGAAGCGUUCUUGGUGUUUGUGGGAUGUGCAGCAAUCGUAUCCGCGGUAAGCACAGGACACUUCUGUCUUUCCCAGCUCCUUGGGAAUACCCUAGAGGACGCUGAAGUGAUAAUGGCAGCGGACAAACAGCACCAACUGUUGAUGACUAUGUUCGUGCUGACAGCAACCCACUUGAUGGUGCCAGUGCGGUGGUACUUGCUAGUUCCACUGGAGCUUGUAUCUAUUUUCUGGUAUCCUUUCUGGGUACUUCUCACAUCAUCAUGGAAUGAUGGCUCGUUAACAAUGGGGGACCACUAUUCGUGGUACGGGCAGGUCACCCAAUUUUUCAUAGUUGUACUGUUUGCCAUGGGGAAGCGCUACACUGAGUGCGCAGAGCGCUAUCUCUUCAAGAAGUAUCUCUCAGAGAAAUCUCUCCGCGUGUCCACGGAGUUCAAAUUGUCUUCGCAACUGAAGGUGCACGCUCCAUCAGAGACGCCUAGCCACAUCGUUUUCGCAAACCUUGGGCUGAGCGGAGAACUCAAGCAGAAGGUCGAUUGCAUUGUAGCUCUGGGUCAGAAGGAGCGCUGGGUCCUCGACGCAGGCGUUGCGAUCGAUCAGGACAGGAUUCUUGGCCAGGGCGGUUUCGGCAAGGUCUGCCUGGCGCGCCUGCAUGGCACUCCCACUGUUGUAAAGAUGCCCCUCGCUCCCAUGCAUGAGUGGGUGGGCGUCGGGGCUUCCCAUCUCCAGGCGCUGGCAAACGAGAUUCGCCUGCUCCGUCGCCUGCGACAUCCGAACAUCGUGCUGUUCCAUGGUGCCGUAUUCUUCGACCGCAACACCUCCUUCGGCCUCGUGCUUGAGUACGUGGACGGGGUGGAGCUCAACGCGUGUGUCAGCAGGCUUUCAAAAACAAACUGCGUCUGGGUCUGCGUGGAUCUCAGCCGCGCCCUGCAGUACCUGCACGCCCAGGAUCCACCCAUUAUUCACGGGGAUCUGAAACCGAGCAAUUUGAUGAUCGUUCAGGUCUUCUGGAAGCCGAGAGUCAAACUCAUAGAUUUCGGCCUUUCCCGGCUGAUUACCCCGAAUGCGUGGACCAAUGCGUCAUCCGUCGGUGGCACCAGGGAGUGGAUCCCUCCAGAGCAAAUCAUGGAUUCGCGCGUGCAGCCCACACAUCAGCUGGACAUAUUCGCCUUUGGUUCACUGGCUUACUUCAUGGAGCACGGUGUACCACCAAUGAAGGGUAUGUCCUGUGAUAGCGAAGUGCUGCAGGAUUCCAGAGCGACGCUGGCCUGGCCGAGCUCUGCACGGUCUUUCUUGACAGGUCGGGCCCGCGACGCAGUGCACGCCUGCCUCCACGUGAGCCCUGGCAUGCGACCCAGGUCAAUCGACGACGUGCGACACCCGCUCGAAGAAGCUGUCGAGGAGCUUAAGAUCGAUGAGCGGCCUUCAGCAUACGAUGUCUCGGAAGUGCCCCGAGGCGCUGACUGGAGCACCAUUUCACCGGAGGCUGCCGUCUCACACAAUUAG